AUGGGACACAUCAUCGCAAUCAUCAACGAGUGUGGUGCGAUAGGAGAGACCUCACGAGAGAAGAGACAUUGCUGUGAAUACAGUGGAUGUGGUAAACGAUUACGAGACAGGUAUGCACUCGUGGCUCACAUACGGCUCAAACACACCAAUGAUAAGCCGUUUGCGUGCAACGAGUGCCACAAGACGUUCCCCAUCGAAAAGUACCUUAAGAGCCAUCAGAUGAUCCACUCUGUGGUCAAGAGCUAUAAAUGCAAGUAUGACUGUCCGUACGCUUCCACUACACCUCAGAGUCUCAACAGUCACUACACAACACACCACUCGAGUGAUGCCGUGAAGAAGUUUGUGUGCGAUUGGGUCGGAUGUGGUAAGAGGUUCAGAGCUAACGUCCCACUUAUGGCACACAUUAGGAUC